AUGGGGAAGCUAAGGCUAGGCCGUCGCGUGAAAAGGAGAAAGGACUGCGGCAGACGGACUGAUCUGCGCGGGGACAGGGAAAGUCGAGCGGUAGGCACAAAAUUGACCACGGGUAAGAAAAUUGGGCGGGAAUCGACCGCGCCACAAAGGAAAAGGGCGGGACUGACCGCAUAUGUGCUCUCUAAGCGGGAAAUCGACCGCUUGGAGCCCGCGCAACUUCACGCAGAGAGGCGGAGAGGGAAAGAGAAGGCGGCGGGAGGAACUGGAGCUCUUGGCGGUAGCAGAGGCGGCGGGCCUGCAUCUCCGCUUGGGUGCUCCUCUAUUGAAGUCCACCUCCUCGAGUCCCUACCACUGCUGGCCGUCCGCAUCUGCUUCCCGCUACCGCCGGCCAUCCGCAGUGCACCUGUCCGCCCGCUUCAAGUCGCUUCGCUGUCCGCAGGUGAUGGCUUUGUGGAUAAUUUUGGGAUUGCCUUGCUGCUGUUCGAGACGCCUUCUGGCUUCGCAAUUUUUGGGUUUUUUGCUCUCUACCUCUAUAGACCAGAUGCAAGAGAAAGCUUGUGGGCAAACUUUGAUAUGUAUGAAAGGGCAAGACAUAUUGUUUUUCUGGAGGAAUUUCAAACGUUUGAUGACAAGUCCAUUGCCAUUAAUGUUGAUACUGGUGUUAACAGUCAGCUUACCGAGAUGAUCAUGAAAUAUUACCGCCCUGGGCAUACAUUGGUUGUUGGAAAUGAGGAAUAUAAAUCAAUCAUCGAAUCAAGUUUGGAAAUUCCUUGCCUCUAUGAUGGUAUUGUGGUGGAGCUAAUGUGGGGCAUGCAGCAUCUUAUGCACAGGUUGGUGCCUGGAGAAAAAUCAGAACUGCCUAAAGAGGACCGUGUCCCUAUGAGUGAAGGACUGAAAAUGUUCCUGAGUGGAUAUGGCUAUAAUGUCAAACCAGAGAUGGUAAAUGAGCAGAUUGUGUCGGCUGCAUCUUCCUUGUUUCAUUGUAAUGCUGUUGAGAAGAAAGAGUAUCCAGCCUUUUUGAGGAUUGGUCGUUUGUUUAAGGAUCUGUCGGGCAUUGACUAUAAGAAUUGGGGCGCUCUGCCACUUGCAGCUGCUUUUAAUAUCAUAUUGACCCAUAAAAUUAAUGAUUUUGAUGAGAUCUUCUUUACACAAGAUGUAAAAUUGAAGUUGCUGAAAGAUGCAGAUAAGUACAAAGGUAAGAUCAACCCCUAA